GGCGCUGCUGCCCCGCUGCCGCUCGCUCACUCACACACAUCUCACAGACACACACACAGACCGUGCGUGCGCCUCUCGCUCCCGCACUGGAGUCAGUGCUUGUGCCUGCAGGUUGCUCAGACCUGAAAUCUAAGGGAAAAGCUCAGCGUUUGCGUCGCUGCUCCUGCCGCCGGUGGUGGUAGCGGUGAAGAGGAGAGGGAGUUGUGGGGGUUUUUUGCUUGGUGGCUUUUUUUUUUUCCUUUCCCCCUUGAAUUCAAUGGAUCUGAACUUGGAGCCUUUAGACCUCGGCGGUAUUGGAAUAUCUACAUGCUGAUCAUCUUUGUUGUGACACAUCAAGUCGUUUGGGGAAACCAUCCGAAGACAGCAAGAUGUUUCUCGUUCUCCUGUACUUCGCUUUGCCCUUAGUGGAAGUCAGCGGGCUGCCUGGAGGGGACCGCCUGGACUGCGUGAAAGCCAGCGAUCAGUGUCUGAAGGAGCAGAGCUGUAGUACUAAAUUCAGGACACUGAGGCAGUGUGUAGCCGGCAAAGAGAGCAACUUCAGCCGGGCCACGGGCCUGGAGGCGAAGGACGAAUGCAGAAGCGCCAUGGAAGCUCUCAAGCAGAAAUCCCUGUACAACUGCCGCUGCAAGAGGGGCAUGAAGAAGGAGAAGAACUGCCUGCGCAUUUACUGGAGCAUGUACCAGAGCUUGCAGGGAAAUGACUUGCUUGAAGAUUCCCCUUAUGAGCCAGUUAACAGCAGACUAUCAGACAUAUUCAGGCUAGCACCAAUGGUAUCAGUGGAGCCAGUACUUUCAAAGGGGAACAAUUGCUUGGAUGCAGCCAAAGCUUGUAACCUAAAUGAUACCUGCAAGAGGUUCAGAUCUGCUUACAUAACCCCCUGCACCAGCAGCACGUCUAAUGAGAUCUGUAACAAGCGGAAGUGUCAUAAGGCCCUCCGGCUAUUUUUUGACAAGGUCCCCCCAAAGCACAGCUACGGGAUGCUCUUCUGCUCCUGUCGAGACGUAGCCUGUACUGAGAGGAGGCGGCAGACUAUUGUUCCUGUGUGCUCAUAUGAGGACAGGGAGAAACCAAACUGCCUGAAUUUACAAGAGUCCUGCAAGAAGAAUUACAUCUGCAGAUCUCGCCUUGCAGAUUUCUUCACAAACUGCCAGCCUGAGUCACGCUCUGUUAGUGGCUGUCUGAAGGAGAACUAUGCUGACUGCCUGCUCGCUUACUCGGGGCUCAUUGGCACCGUGAUGACACCGAACUACAUCGACUCCAGCAGCCUCAGCGUGGCCCCGUGGUGCGACUGCAGCAACAGUGGCAACGACGAAGAGGAGUGCAAGAAAUUUCUGAAUUUCUUCCAGGACAACAUAUGCCUUAAAAAUGCAAUUCAGGCCUUUGGCAAUGGCACUGAUGUGAAUGUCUGGCAGCCAAUCUUACCAGUACAGACCACUACAGCCACAACUACGACAGCUUCCAGACUUAGAAACACAGGGUCAGAGACCACCAACAAUGAAAUACCCUCCCACAAUGAUUCACCAGCAUGUGCAAACCUGCAGGCACAGAAGAAGCGAAAAUCCAAUGAAUCUGUAGAUACAGAGCUCUGUCUUAAUGAGAAUGCCCUGGGGAAGGACAACACAGCGGGAGUCUCCACCAGUCACAUAUCCGCGGAGAAUUCCCUGGCUCUUCCUACCAGCUCCUAUCUAAGCACACAGCUCACCCUGAUGGCACUUGCACUCUCACUCUCUUUGUCCCUAAGCUCAUCAGUCGUCUUGUAGCUGCAUUACAAAAGGACAUGUUAAAAAAGAAAAAAAAAAAUCAAAAAAAGAAAAAAAAAAAAAAAGUCUGUUUGCUGUCCUCUGUUGUUUAUCUGGAAUUCCAGGUCUGGGAGCUAAGCUGAGGCACUCCUGCUAGAACAGUCUCAGUCAGCUGGAAUUUUAUUUUUUUUUUUCUCUCUAAAAAAAGCUUCUUGUGAUAUUUAGAGGCUUUGUGAAAUACUUGGUGCAGUGCUACAUUCCAAACCCAAAAGGCUUUUGGGCAUGCUGUGUUUUAAAGAGACAGUGUGUAAGUUUGCCUGUAAAGCGACCUGGUUGGAUUAUUUUAAUAAUUAUGAUUUUAAUUCUAGCUUUUACCUGAGAAAGAAGAUGAUGGUUUUCUUAAAAUCUUGUUUAUCUCAUUGAAUGGUUUUGGUUUUCAAAUUGAUUGAACUUCAGACUAUCAAGGAUGCCAGGCUUUUGUCUAAUGGUGAAUGUUCUCCCAGAGAGUGGACUUUAUGAAACUUCUUCAUUUGAUAAAUCGCUACUGAUGUUAAACUCUUUCAGUGUGUUAGCAUUUUCCUCUUUAAAUGUUUACGUACUGUAAGUGAUUCUGCGUUCCCUGCUGAGAAGCCAUUAUAAUUCACAUACAGGUAUAAUGUAUGUCUUUCAGUUAAAUUCUCAUAGAGUGUGGCGUAGAACCUUCUAACAGUACAUUUAUCUUUUAAUUAUAAUCAUCUAGCCUUAACAAGAGUGAAGAUUCUUUACAUUAGCAAGAUGCAGCCAUUGUGAAAGCUUGAUAAAGAUACAUUUCUUUAACUAUGAGGAACAAAUAUUGCUACAGGGUUUCAGCUGUACAGUCUAUGGUCUUCUAUGCUUCCAUUGUGAUAAUAUAGUCCAGUUAUUAUACUCUUUGUUUAAUAAAAAAAUGACAUACAAUUUAUUUGCUCUGCUAAAACAUCAUCAUCUGUUUAUACGUACCUGAUAAUGUCAGAUCAAACAGCUACAGGAACUUCAUGCCUUACUUCUCGUAUCAAAACAUUGUAGAGGGACAAGAGGUAGUAGGAUAUCAUUUAAACCGUGUUUUAUUUCUUAGAACUGCUAAAAUCAACACAAAAGUAUGGUUGAUCCAGCAUCAUGCACAUGUACCCACGUGACAGGCUUUUCUCACCCUGGUAGUUCCUACCACAGACCUUGGCAUUGCUGACAUGAUGAACUGUUUGCAAGACCAGCUCCAUAAAUUAAUUUAAUGGUUUGGAUGGCAAUGUUACCAGUACACAUGAUUUAAUGGCUUGGUUCCACCCGGUGGCAUUGGCAGCCUGUGCUGGCUCAUGAUGAUUUCCUGCUGUAUCUAGAAGGAAUUCUUUAAAGCUUUAAAUGCCAUCAGAUAGGCAGCAUUUCUCCUAAGGGCUGUCUUUAUACCUUACUGUGAUGGCUUGUUGACUGUUACAAGCAGUUAUGUCUAAGUGAUCAACAGUAAUCAGUUUUGGUUCCUCUUGGAAGUAGAAGAUAACUUCUGCAAACAAGGAGUUCAUCAUGUUGAAGGUACAGAUUUACUCUGAGACUUACACAAUUAUGCCCUGUCCUGCUCUGAAAUGUCCAGACCAGUUCUUUGCAAUACAACUAUAAAGUACAAAUUACUAUUUUAUAAACUGCACUGAGGUUUGAGUGUGCAAAAUACACAUCUUGCUAAGAGACUAUUAAACCUAUUGACAAGUUCGUCUUUUGAGAUUUUUUCUUGGCUAAUAAUAAACACUUUCAUAAAUUUUGAAGUUCACUUAUGUACUCUUGAUUAUGGUCACAUAAUACAGGUUUCAAAGUGAUUUGCAUGUGGUAGAAUUCUACAAUACUCUGUGCCACUGAACAUAACAAAUUAGACAAUAUUACUUUUUAAUUCUGUGCUGAUAAGAAACUGCAAAUUACUUUCAAAGGCAGCAGAGCUGCUUUCGGAGAAGAGAUAUAUAGACCAUCAUUACCAGCAAAGCCCAUGUGGUUCCUGUUGCUCUUCUUGUAGAAGAUAAUCAAAUUACUGAAAACUAGUGGCAGCAGAAAAAAGAUCAUGAGAUUCAUGAUUUUUAAAAUUAAUCAAAUUCUUUUAUGUCAAAAGGAGUUGAUAGUAUAACCUAUUGAAAUGUUAAUGAA